UUGUGUCAGUUUUACACGAUUGUAGUGAAAUGGAACACAUCUCAUAUGCUUAGGAACUUUAGAGCAUGACGUCAGUGCUAUUCAAAAACGUACCCAGAACACGACCUGGAAUUCGUGAAAAGAGCGCGUCCAUAGCGCGUCUGUGAAAACAACCCGAAAUCAAAUGCAACAAGGCAAGCGAGGCGAGGGUGCGCGACGUUGGUAAGCCGUGGUAAACUCUGGAGACUCUGUCACUCUGUUAAAUCACUUGUUGACCCAUACAGAAGCAUUAUGGCAACCCAUCGCUACACGUGCGUUGGCUUUUCGGCUAAAAUAGACUGGAAGAGCAUCGAGUUCCUGCUACCCAUGCCCGUCUACCGCAUCUGCAGUAUAUGUGGCGUGGUACCCGACAUGAUAUUCAGCCUCGAGUGCGGCCACGUCUUUUGCACCACGUGCAUGAACGAACUGAUGUUGAACUCGCCCGUCGUCGUCUGCCCUUUCGACAAGGGGAGCUUCGAAGAAGGCCGUGUAAGCCGCGACUCGUCAUCUCAGGCGUACGUCACCGGUUGCAAGUCCUACUGUCUCAACAAAGCGAACGGGUGCAACUACGUCGGCCCCGUUUCAGAUAUGGUCGAGCACUACUACUCGGAGUGCUGCCACCACCUCGUCCACUGCCGCUCGUGCAAGAAUCCCGUCGCCAGAAUGAACGUCUUGGCUCACUUGCGGGGCGGCUGCAAGUCGGACGUGCUGGCCACGAACCAGGCGCGGACGUCGUCCGCAUCCGCUAGCGGUGGCUCCGACGCCGACGGUUCUCUGUCCAUGCUUCUGAGCAAGAUCGAGAACCUGGAGAACGUCCUUCUGACGAGGACAAAUCACCUCGAAGAAAUGCUGCGCGAACGCAUUAGCGUCACUGCGCAGCCGCCGGCGGCUCUCGCUGACGAAGUCGCUGGGACCACAAUUGAUUCACGGCCGGACACCACCACUGCGGUAAACACUACCACACAAGCCGGCGGAGAGCGACGGCAGCCCGACGUCGUGUCGGCAUCUUCGACGUCUCCGUCCGAAGAGAACGCUACGCCUGUAUCCAACCGUGACGCUUCGGUGGCAGACUCCCCGACCCAAUCGAGAGAUCAGUCGCCCUCCGAGCCUCUCACGAACGGCCUCAAUGGCGAGCCCGAGGCUGUGGUUGAGUCAACGACACCUUCAGAUGCUGCCGAAGCGCAGCCCAGCCAGGAACCGAAAGCCUUUUUCACUUACGUCUGGGUGAUCAAACCCUUCCGCAAGUACCGUAACGCGCCCCUGCAGGUCUUCACGAGCGACGUACUCACUGUGGGCGAAAACGGGUACAGGAUGAGGCUCGAAGGCAAGUUCCACGACCUGGGCGACUCGUCUCUUCACCUCGGGCUCUACAUGAGGAUCGUCAGGGGUCCCAACGACGCCUCGCUCGAAUGGCCGUUCAACCGCAAGUGCUCCUUCGUGGUCCUCCACCAUAAGCAGCGCCCCAGAGACGUAAGCUACGACGUUUUUGCCCAAAUGAACGUCGAGGAAAGGCAGAACGCGGCCAACACGGUUCUGAAGCGACCGAAAAAGAAGGAUAACGACAGCAUCGGCCUUGACAGGUGUCUGUCGGUCGCGCAACUGCUGCAGAGCGGGUUUGUCAAGAACAACGAAUUCAGGGUGCGCUUCAUUGUUGAGUGAAGUGCUCGCCGCAUUUCGCGAAGCAAGACCUGUCGGGAUGCGAUAGACUUGCUUCCAGCCUUUGGACUGUUUUCUCGAGAGCGGUGGUGAAAAAACCUUUUUAGCACACGUCCAUCCUUUUUUGUUGUUGCUGCCUCAUCAUCGGUCACAUGUCGAAAGCAUCAUAUUGUUUUAUUUGGCUGCUUGGAAUGGCUGAAUAUGGCGACUAAUGUUGAGUGAAUAGCUAACGGUCUUGCUUGCUGUGUCUUUGCCAUCAAAAGCACUGACACACCAAACCGUUUCACCAAAGCAGAUGAAAUGAUGUGGAAGUUAUGCGGCAGGCAGGCACUGCUAGUUCAGAAGCUUUCUUUUCUCUCUUUUACUGUUUCAUUAUUUGUUUCCUAACUGAUUGCCUGAACUGUGAUCUGCAUGAUAGCCAGACUCGCGAGCAUGUGGUACAAGAAUUGUGAUUAUCUGUAAGCUUACAUCAUUGAAGGUGUACCUUUCAUGAGUCGGUUUAUGUGUUUAUCACCACCACCUCAUGUGCAAUGAGCUUGAUUCGAUAGUUGAAUUUGAUUUGAUGGUUGCAGCUUCUAUUGAAUAGAUGGCUUGCACUGAUGUUGCUGCCACCUCUCUGGCAAAACGUUUGCACGCACUAGUGUUACCUGCUAUUCCUCGGUAGUGCAGAAUAGACUGAGUGCCUCACCCAAAUGGUGGAAGCGACAUUAUGUGCAAGCCUUCUUUUAUACAUGUCAUCCUUUUGGAGGUUGUGAGCACUUAUGGAUUGAUGCACAAGUUGGUUCGACCUUCCAUGGGUUCUUGCUGUGGGUUUUGAAUAAGGUGGAUCACUCUCUGGUUAUGAAAACAUGUGAGCUUAUGUUUGGCCACUGUAUCUUGGUGGUUUGCUUGCUAUAUGUUAAAGUAAGUACCUUUCUCUAGUGGAGUAAUCGGGCCAAAUGAUGUCACCAUCAUGUCUUGCUUUUCGUUAUCCUACCCAUAUGGGAAAUGAAAAACAAUAGAAAGAUUACAUUGAAUGAAUCAACAUAAUUGUGGGCUUGGGCAUUUGUUGCACCAACCCUAGUGAUCAACCUUUGCUGUAUCCUGUGACAGCUAAGGUGGCGUUGGCACAUGACAUCACCAAAAGUCACUGAUGGGCUCUUGGGAGUUUCUGGCGCCAGGCUUGGUGCCUUGUUGUGCAAAUGCCAACUGUUGUUUCAGUGUUUGUUUGUGCUGUCAUCAUCUUUGAUGCUACAAAUUUUAUGCAGCAGUAUUAAGUUUCACCAUGUUUUGGCUCAUGAACAAGGUGUCUUGCUUCUCUGACAGAGAUGGGCGACAUCACUAUACCAGAACUGUGGCCUCCAAGAUUGUGUUGUAUUGUGUGGUGUAGAUAACACCUCUAAUUGCAGAGGCCAUGCCAGACAGUUCCAGUAAUUUUGACAAAACAUUUCUGAAAAACUUGACAUGUGCCACCAUGACAACACCUUCCUGCAGGUUACAUUUUCACGCAUAUUUGCUUUCCAUCAUUUUCAUUCUAGUUUCCAUAUGUUUUCACUGCACAAGGGACCCAAAAGCAGCUCUGUGUAAUUUAAACAUCAGCUACACAUUUUGCACUGAAGAAAAUGUGGGUUGUAUUCCCAAUCAGUCACUUUCAAAGUGUACUAAAAGUGUGAGAUGGGACAGGAACAUUCUCCCAUGUCUUGCACUGUUAGAAUACUGCAAGUUUGUACUAACUAAGCAAAAUCAAUGCAUGACGUUUUUGAAGGUGUCAUUUUGAAUUUGCAUUUAUUGAAAAAACCUGCAGCCAGAAGGAUGCCUGUUUUUUCACUUAGGUGUUGUGUUGCUUGUUACAUCGCACAGAAGUUACAUACCCCUAAGGGAUCUACCGUGGGUACGGCUUGAGCUGUGUUGCUGUCUUACCUUGGUAAGACUUUAUUUUUGCGCAGAAUUUCAAAUAGUGCAGAUGAAUCUCUUUCCUUAUUUCUUCUUCUUCCACUUUUUAAAUAUUUUUUUUUUCAGCUGCAUGGUGCAUCUGGUGCUUCAUUAGUUGUCUGUGUGCCCUGUUUUUAGUUCUUUUGCUUUGAACCAUAAGCACUGUAGUGAUCAAGUAUCACUUACACUUUCUUUUGCAUCUGUCUGUUACAUUGCCCCUGUGAAUUGGCAGUGCCACAACAGGACUGCUUUGUUUGACGAGGCCAAAUAAAAGCACAAGGAAUGCA